UGUUGUUUAACAGUGAAUCAGUAUCGUGCUGCUGCGUGAGAGCUAUUGUGAAGUUGCAACAUAAACGCUGAAUCCAAAGACCAAAUCCGCAACCGAUCUUGUCUGUUUAUCAUCCAUCUCCAGCCGUGAGGUUUCAGUGUCUCAGCCAUGUCCUCCUCUGUUGUCCCGUUCAAAAAUCAACGUUAUGCUGACCUGAAGAGGGAAUCCAUCCAGAGAAAGAUUCUGUUCAGAGAUCCAGAGUUCCCCGCAGACGAUUCAUCUCUGUUUUAUAAAGAACCCCCUCCUGGUAAAGUGGAAUGGAAACGGCCAUGGAAGAUAAGCUCAGACCCUCAUCUGUUUGUGGAAGGGAUCAAUUCCCAUGACUUGUAUCAGGGGGAAAUAGGAAACUGCUGGUUUGUUGCUGCGAGCUCAUGCCUUGCUAUGAUGCCACACCUCUGGCAAAAAGUGAUUCCUGAUUGGCAGGAGCAGGAGUGGGAUCCCAAACAUCCUGAAAACUAUGCCGGGAUCUUCCACUUUCAGUUCUGGGUCUUUGGUCAGUGGACAGAUGUGGUCGUGGACGACCGGCUGCCUACUAUUAACGGAAAACUGAUCUACUGUCACUCAAACAGCAAAAAAGAAUUCUGGAGUGCUCUGCUGGAGAAGGCUUAUGCCAAACUCUAUGGGUGCUAUGAGUCUUUAAGUGGAGGAUUCGCUGGAGAUGCUGUGGUGGAUUUCACUGGUGCUGUAUAUGAACGCAUUGACUUAGAGAGAGAGGCUUUCUACAAAGACCAAAGAAAUCAAGAUUAUCUAUUUGAAAACCUUCUCAAAGUUUAUGAACACGGAGGAAUCAUCAGCUGUGGCAUCACGGCAGAACCGCAUGAACUUGAGUUCAAGAUGGCAAACGGUCUGGUGAAGGGUCACGCAUACUCUGUGACGGCAGUGAAGAGAAUUCAUUUACGUCAUGAGCUGGUGGCGCACUUCAAAACUGAAACUAUUCCCAUGAUCCGAAUGAGAAACCCCUGGGGAAAAAUGGAGUGGAAUGGACCCUGGAGUGACAGCUCUAAGGAAUGGUCCAAGAUUGGUGAUACAGAGAGGCACAAUCUUGGUCUCACGGUAGAGGAUGAUGGGGAGUUCUGGAUGUCAUUUAGAGACUGGUGCGGACACUUCAGUGAUGCAGAUAUUUGCCACAUUUACGAUAAUUUACUCACUAGCAACCGUAAGAAAGAAGUUUUGUAUCAUGGGGGUUGGACCAGACAAAAUCCAAAGUAUUUGUUUGAUGUGACAAAGAUAACUGAUGAAGUCCUGAUCAACUUGCAACAAGAAGAUCAGAGGAUCAAAAAAAAAACUGGUCAGGAAAAAGAUGUGGCCAUUGACUUUAGUGUUUGGAAGGUGGAGUUGAACAGAAAUUCUGAAAUGCACCGGACUCAGAAACAAACGGGAAAAAAAUCUUUUUCCAGUGUUCGAUCAGUUUUCAUGAGAUGCAACCUGCCUCAAGGCCAAUAUGUCGUCGUCCCCUCCACCUCUGAUCCUGGUGAACAGGGAAAGUUCAUGCUGCGAAUUUUCACCAAUGUGGACCCAGGCCUGUGGGAACCGACUAAAGACCAACCCAAGAGGAACAGCCUGACUUCAUGUUUUGGGUGUGGAAAACCGAAGUGAUGAUGGAUGAAUGCUCCUGCCUUUGGUGGAGCAUUCAAUGUAAUCAACGCACACUGAGAAGCACACGUUCGUUCAACCCAUCUGCUUACUUGUUUCACCGAUCUUGUGUGUAUCUGUCUGUGUUCUUUCAUCAUUUUCAUCUUUUAGUGGUAUUUUGCAAUGUCACAGUGGCUUGAUUCGUGCUAACUAAAAUUGUUUUUUUUUUUUAAUAAACCUGCUGUAAUUCACCUG